ACGGGCUCGAGUAGUCACGCUAUGCCUGCGGAUAAUGUGAUUGAGGGGUCAAUAUCAUAUCAUGUCGGGUUGUUCGCGCGUUGGCAUGUCGCGUGACGUCAUCUCCACUAGAUCACCCCUCAUGCGCACUGUGUUCAUACUCUGCACCCCAAUCGCGUAAAUUAUACCCAGAGCACUAGAAUCCAUCAUGGCAUCGUCGAACAAGCCGCAUGCCUUCAACCCAUCCUCAGUUCCUAAGCCCCCACCAACAUAUGACCAAGUCUGCAUCACGCCCCUUCUGCCCACCUCCAAGCUCGUCACUCUCGCCGGGCAAACUGGCAUCACUCUAGACCGCUCUAUCUCACCAGACUUUCUCGCCCAAGUCAAGCAAGCUUAUCAAAAUCUGCAAAACUGCCUGAAAGCAGCCGGCGCCACGCCUCGCGAUAUCGUACAUGUGCGGCACUACAUCGUCACAGAGACGGGAAUCGAGGAUCUGGACAGAAAGGAGAUCGUGGAUCGGGGGUGGGGAGAGCUCUGGAUUGAGUUGAUGGACAAGGAGGCAGAGGGACAUAGACCGCCCGAUACAGUCUUGGGGGUUGCAAGUUUAGCGAAGAAGAAGGCGCUAUAUGAGGUCGAGGCUUGGGCUUUGAUCAGUGGAUAGUGGGUUUUUGGUGUCUAGCGCCUGCGGUAGAGCCUGAGUCCAAGUUCGCCAGCCAUAUCGCAAGCUAGUGGUCGACGAGCAACUACCUCUCGAGGCGAAGAAGAGGCCAUACCGUCCUCUCGCUCUUCAUGAGUCGACU